AUGCCCUGCGUCCGCACGGUCCUCGGCCUCCUGGCGGCCUGUGGCGCCAUCGCCUUCCUCGGCUACUGCAUCUACUUCGACCGGAGCCGGCGUGCCGACCCCGCGUUCAAGCGCCGCCUACGGGAAAAAAGAAGAGCCCAGCAGCGAAAAGCUGAGGGACGGGGCGCCCAGUUGUGGGAUCCAGCAAAAAAUGAAAAAUUACAAGAAUUUUUUCUGCAAGAGGUACGGAUGGGCGAACUUUGGUUGUCCAGAGGAGAGCAUCGAAUGGGGGUUGAACAUCUCAGCAAUGCCCUUUUGGUAUGUGGGCAACCACAGGAACUUCUAAAAGUUUUCAAACACACACUUCCUCCCAAGGUAUUUGAGAUGCUAUUGCACAAAAUUCCCCUUAUUUGCCAGCAAUUUGAGGCAGACAUGAAUGAACAGGAAUACUUGGAGGAUGAUCGUGAUUGA